UGGAAAAUACAGUAAAUAAAAGUUUUGAGUUCUGCUCCAUGACUUCUGUCAGGUGCUGUGUCGUUUUGAUACAUUUUAAAUAAAUUCUAGCUGUGCAAAAUGGGUCGCAAGGUUACAUUGGCGACUUGCUCAUUGAAUCAGUGGGCUCUGGAUUUUGACGGCAACUUGGCAAGAAUACUUAAGAGUAUUGAGGUUGCCAAACAGAAAGGAGCCAAGUACAGACUGGGGCCAGAGCUAGAAAUCUGUGGCUACGGUUGUGCAGACCACUUCUAUGAGUCCGAUACUUUACUCCAUUGCUUCCAAGUUCUGAAGUCUCUCUUGGAAUCUCCAUUGACCCAGGACAUCAUCUGUGAUGUGGGCAUGCCUGUAAUGCACCACAAUGUUCGAUAUAAUUGCAGAGUCAUUUUCUUGAACAAAAAGAUACUGUUAAUUCGUCCUAAAAUGCUUUUGGCAAAUUAUGGCAACAACAGGGAAUUCCGAUGGUUUUCACCUUGGAGUCGACCUCGAUAUGUCGAGGAGUACUUUUUACCUCGAAUGAUCCAAGAUGUAACAGAACAGACCACAGUGCCGUUUGGAGACGGGGUUUUGUCCACCAUAGACACCUGCAUCGGCAGUGAGAUUUGUGCCGAGCUGUGGAACCCCAGGAGUCCACAUGUUGAUAUGGGUUUAGAUGGUAUUGAGAUCUUUACCAAUUCAUCUGCAAGCUACCAUGAGCUCCGCAAGGCUGAUCACAGGGUGAACUUGGUCAAAUCUGCCACCACUAAGAGUGGAGGGAUCUACAUGUUUGCCAAUCAGAAGGGCUGUGAUGGAGACCGGUUAUACUAUGACGGCUGUGCUAUGAUCGCCAUCAAUGGAGAUAUUGUGGCCAGAGGAGCGCAGUUCUCUCUUGAGGAUGUAGAGGUUGUCACAGCAACUCUUGAUCUGGAAGAUGUGCGCAGUUAUCGAGGAGAGAGAUGUCAUCCUCACAUGGAAUAUGAACACAAACCUUAUCAGAGGAUCAAAACGGUCUUUUCUCUGUCUGACUGUGAUGAUAGAUGUUUGCCCACACACCAGCCUUUGGAGUGGAUUUUCCACACACCAGAAGAAGAGAUCAGUCUUGGUCCUGCCUGCUGGUUAUGGGACUACUUAAGGAGGAGCGGACAGGCCGGUUUUCUUCUUCCUCUCAGCGGAGGUGUGGACAGUUCAUCCAGUGCCUGCAUUGUGUACUCCAUGUGUGUGCAAAUCUGUCAGGCUGUUGAACAUGGCAAUCGUCAGGUUUUAGAGGAUGUUCAGCGGGUGGUCGGAGAUUCGUCCUACAGGCCUCAGGACCCGCGAGAGCUGUGUGGACGCCUCUUUACCACAUGCUACAUGGCUAGUGAAAACUCUUCUGAAGACACCAGAAACAGAGCCAAAGAUCUCGCUGCUCAGAUCGGCAGCAAUCACCUGAACAUCAAUAUUGACAUGGCAGUAAAAGGCAUGCUGGGAAUCUUUUCUAUGGUCACAGGGAAGUGGCCUCAGUUCUGUGCAAAUGGAGGAAGUGCCAGAGAGAACCUGGCACUUCAGAACGUCCAGGCUCGUAUCAGAAUGGUUUUGGCCUACCUUUUUGCACAGCUCUGUCUGUGGGCUCAGGGAAAACCUGGUGGUCUUUUAGUUCUUGGAUCAGCCAAUGUGGAUGAGAGUUUGACUGGAUACUUCACCAAAUACGACUGCUCCAGCGCUGAUAUCAAUCCCAUUGGAGGAGUGAGUAAGACAGACCUGAAGGGCUUUCUGGAGUAUUGUGUAAAACGCCUUCAGCUCACCUCACUUGUAGGCAUUUUAGAAGCUCCACCGACUGCAGAGCUGGAGCCACUGACUGAUGGCAAAGUGGUCCAAACUGAUGAGGCUGACAUGGGAAUGACCUAUUCAGAGCUGUCUGUGAUCGGCAGACUCAGGAAGAUCUCCAAGUGUGGCCCGUAUAGCAUGUUUUGCAAGCUCAUUAGUUCAUGGAAAGAGACCUUCUCUCCCUCAGAGGUGGCCGCGAAAGUGAAACAUUUCUUUAGGAUGUACUCAAUAAACAGACAUAAGAUGACAACGGUAACACCCUCUUAUCAUGCUGAAAGCUACGGUCCGGAUGACAACCGCUUUGACCUCCGUCCUUUCCUUUACAACACGCGGUGGAGCUGGCAAUUCCGCUGCAUCGACAAUGAGGUAGCUAAGAUGGAGUGAUAUGGAGGAUCUACACAUGUAAAAGCUAUCAGAAUCCACUUAUCCUCGGUCCAAUGAUUAAUCUCAGCCACUGAUGUGAUUGUGGACACUUGCUUCUCUACAUUCUUUCAGUCAGACUGUAAACGCACUGUAUCUUGCUCUGAAACAUCAAUAGAUUGUUCUACUUAGGAUGUGUAAAUCCUAAUGUCUUUAGCUACAGUAUGUAUGUCGAAUUACAAUGCAAUUAUUAAUAUAGUAUUUGAUAAUGAUGGUUGUUUAAAAAUAAAUAGAAGUGAAAAUGUUACUGUAACAACAUUUUCCUUGUGCAAUUUGCCAAUAAACAACAUCAGAUCAGCUGAAUCUCUUUUAUCAA